UUUAAUAUAUAGCUUUUCAUUAAAUAAAAAAAAACUUGUAUAAAUAUAGGAGAGAGUCAAGAAAAGAGUUCCAACCAUAAAAAUUUCAACAGUUGUUAAGUUACAAGUCUCUUCAAAAACACACACACACGUCUCUCUUCACAGCCAAUCAUCGAUCACAGCUCGAUUUUUCUUUAUUGUUCCGUUGGUUUUCUUGAGAAUUUUUCUUUCUUGGUAUCAUCAAACUCGUCGGUAAGGAAACUUCACGCACGUAUCUUCAAUGUUGAGCUGUUCUAAUGGUACCGUCGUGAUCGCAACCGCCAUGGUUUGCUCAAGCACCGCUCUGUUUCUCGCCAUGGCUCGUCAAUUCCAUGGAAAUCAUCAAAAUCCUAAGGUUCUUGAUCAGACUCUACGACCCAUUCUCCGUUCUUGUCUAUCUUCAGAGGAAACGAAGAAACAGGGGAAGAAGAUAAAGAAAGUGCGGUUCGCGGAUAAUGUGAAAGAUACGAAAGGUAACGGGGAAGAGUACCGGAGGAGGGAAUUGAACCGGAAAAGCGUACCGAAGCCAGUGACUAAACCGGGAAAGACCGGUUCUAUGUGUAGAAUCUCUACCAUGCCAGCGAACCGGAUGGCUCUGUACAAUGGGAUUCUUAGAGACCGAGAUCACAGAGUUCAAUAUUCUUAUUGACUUUUUCUUCUUGAUUAGUCAAUAGAUUUAGGUUUUGUAAAUCUUUCUUUUGUUUUUCGGUACUAUUAGAUUUUUUCUUGGAAAUUUCAGAUAUUGUAGACUUUGUAGUUGGGUGGUCUUCUUUUUCUCCCUUUUUGUGUCUCAUAGUAGUAGGUGGUUUUCUUAUGCUCCACUUAUCUACUUACUUGUUUUAAAUCAAGUGAUGAUGUAAAUAAUUGACAUGUAAGUAGUCAUUAGAAAUUUGAAAAGGCAAAUGAAAGAAUAUAAAUUUGUAAAAACAUAGUGUGCCUAUUGUACAUAUAAACUCUCUUUUGUUGGGGAUAUCUAUGGAAUUUAUAUUGAU